AUGCAGCUCUCUACUCUCGUCAUUGCUACCCUCGCCGCCGUGGCCUCCGCCAGCCCUGCGGUCAGACGCCAGGCUGAGUGCCCCGAGGUGGACAACAUCCCCGUUUGCGGCUAUUCCUGCAUCCUCGCGGCCGUCACCGAGAUUGGCUGCGGAACCGAGGACUACGCUUGCAUGUGCGGCAAGUUUUCCGACCUCCAGCUGGCCGCUGCUUCCUGCGUCAUCACCAACUGCGGUCUCGAUGGUGCUCCGGCCGUGCUCGACGCAGCCCAGGCUGUCUGCGAUGCUUGCGCUUAG